AUGGACGGAGUUUACUGCAACGCGCGAAGCGCGAACGGCGGCCAGGUCGCGGAUCACAACAAGCUGGCUACGAAAACUGGCACGACGAUCUGCGGGCUUCUCACGCGCGAAGGCGUAGUUCUCGCGGCGGACUGCCGCGCGACGGCGGGCUCGUUCAUCGCGACGCGCAAUUGUCUGAAGCUGCACCGACUUUCGAAAAGCAUUUGGUGCGCGGGCGCAGGCGUUGCGGCCGACCUCCACCACGUCACGGAGAACAUCGCCGCGAACAUGCAACUGCUAAAGGCGAGUCUUGGUGCGGAAAUCCGCAUCGAUGCGUGCGUCAGGAUGCUGAGCAAAGUGCUGCGCGAACAUCACGGCGACAUCAUUGUCGCGCUCAUCGUGGCUGGGAUCAACCCGGACGGGACCAUGGACUUGGUCUACGUGGACGCGGACGGCAGCACUUUGCGUGCAGACUUUUUGGCGAUGGGAUCUGGCGGCUUUUUCGCGCGCUCGAUGCUCGAAAAUGGCUACCGCAAAGACCUGACGCUGCAGGAAGGCGUCGAGUUAGCGGCUGACGCGAUCGAAGCGGGCAUUUUGAACGACUUGGGAUCGGGCAGCAACGUCGACGUGCUAUCGAUCAGGGAACCGGCUGAUUCACGUAUAAUUGUCGUCGGCGACUCGGCCGUUGGAAAAUCCAAUCUGCUGCUGCGCUACGUUAAAAACGGAUUCCACGCCGACACCCGCACCACCAUCGGCGUCGAGUUUGCGACCAAGUUCGUCGAACUCGACGGAAACCUCAUCAAAGUACAGUUUUGGGACACCGCAGGCCAAGAGCGCUACCACAGCAUAACGCAGAUCUACUACCGCAACUCAUCAGCAGCGAUGGUUUGCUACGACAUCACGUCGCACGCGUCCUUCCGCAAUUGCAAGAGAUGGGUCGACGAAGUGCGAGCCGAGCUGGGCACCGACAUGUUUAUACUGCUGGUGGGCACGAAGCUGGACCUUGACCACAGACGACAAGUGUCCGUUGUUGAAGCGAAGAACUUUGCGCACGACAGUAAGUUGGCGUUCAUAGAAUUGAGCGCGCUCGAAGACAAAAACGUCGCUAGCGCGUUCGAGACGGUCAUUAGAGGAAUGCAUGCAAACUGCACAAAGUGUUGCUCGAAUAGCAGUCAAUGUAGACCAAGCAUGGAAAACGUCGCGAAACUUCACCAGGUAAGUCGCUAA